AUGUUUCGUUUAAGUGUUGCCAACAUUGCCCGCUCUGCCGGUGCUUCCACAAGAAACUAUGCUACUUUACGUGAAAUUGAAAUGCGUUUAAAGUCCAUUAAGAACAUUGAGAAGAUCACCAACACCAUGAAGAUUGUGGCUUCUACCAGAUUGAACAAGGCUCAGAGAGCCAUGGCCACUUCCAGAGUUUACCAUGAGGGAGACCAAGAAGUUUUCACCACUGCUGAGACCAAGGCUCCAGAAGAUGCUGAAAAAACAUUGUUGGUUGUCGUCUCCUCCGACAAGGGUCUAUGUGGUUCUAUCCACUCCCAAAUUGCCAAGUCUGCUAGAUUGAGACUGAAGGAUCUUCCAAAUGCCGAUGUCGUAACUAUUGGUGACAAAACAAAGGUCCAAUUGCUUAGAACACACCCAAAUAACGUCAAGCUCUCUUUCAACGGUAUUGGUAAGGAAGCCCCUACUUUCUACGAGGCAGCUUUGAUUGCUGACGAGAUCAAGAAGUUGGGUGACUACCAGAAGAUUGAGGUCUUGUAUAACAAAUUCGUUUCCGGUGUUUCUUUCCUUCCAUCUGAAUUUUCCGUCUUCUCCACUGACGCCAUUAAGGCUUCCGAGAAGCUGUCUACUUUUGAAGUUGACGAAGACGCUGAAAUUCCAGCAACUCUUUCCGAGUACGGAUUAGCCAACUCCAUUCUAUCUGCCCUUGCUGACGGUUAUGCUUCCGAAAUUUCUGCCAGAAGAAAUGCGAUGGACAAUGCUUCCAAGAAUGCUGGUGACAUGAUCAACAAGUACUCCAUUCUGUACAACAGAACCAGACAAGCCGUCAUCACCAACGAGUUGGUCGACAUUAUUACCGGUGCUUCUUCAUUGGAUUAG